CCCUCCGCCGCGAUGCCCAGCCGCGCCGAGCCGUGCCAGCCUGUGAGUACCGAGAGCGGGCUGCUCGGGCUGCCGGCGCUGUGACCUUGAGCGCGUGCCAGGGAAGCGCGGAUUACUUUUAUUUGUGCAUCGGAUGGAUUGAAGGGAAGAAGCCUCCUGCCCUCUCUCCCCGCAGCCGCGGCCGGGAGCGGAGUUGGAAACACCUCGCCCGGCGUCCUCCCGGUCGGAACCAUCAUUAUUGUUUAUUCCUGCGCUCCAGAGCCCGAGUCCUCCGAUGGCUCCCCUAGGUGAAGUUGGGAGCUAUUUCGGUGUGCAGGACGCGGCGCCGUUCGGGAACGUGCCCGUGCUGCCGGUGGACAGCCCGGUGUUGCUAAGUGACCACCUGGGUCAGUCUGAAGCAGGGGGGCUGCCCCGGGGACCCGCGGUCACGGACUUGGAUCAUUUAAAGGGGAUUCUCAGGCGGAGGCAGCUGUACUGCAGGACUGGCUUUCACUUAGAAAUCUUCCCCAACGGUACUAUCCAGGGAACCAGGAAAGACCACAGCCGAUUCGGCAUUCUGGAAUUUAUCAGUAUAGCAGUGGGACUGGUCAGCAUCCGUGGCGUGGACAGUGGACUCUACCUGGGCAUGAAUGAGAAGGGGGAGCUGUAUGGAUCAGAAAAACUAACUCAAGAGUGUGUCUUCAGAGAACAGUUUGAAGAGAACUGGUACAACACCUACUCUUCCAACCUGUAUAAACACGUGGACACCGGAAGGAGAUACUAUGUUGCGUUAAAUAAGGAUGGGACUCCAAGAGAAGGGACCAGGACUAAACGGCACCAGAAAUUCACACAUUUUUUACCUAGACCAGUGGACCCUGACAAAGUACCUGAACUAUAUAAGGAUAUUCUAAGCCAAAGUUGACAAAGACAGUGUCUUCACUUGAGCCCUUAAAACAUAACCACUAUAAAUGCUUUCAUGCGGUGGGUUCUUAUUGAUUAGCAGUGCCGUCACCUCAGCUCCACUGUUGCCAAACUUUGUCGCAUGCAUAUGUAUGAUGGAGGCUUGGAUGGGGACUUGCUGAUUUGCUCUGCACUUACUGGCUGGUCCUCCUGGAGGGCUGCCUGGGGCCACUUGCUCGAUUUAUUGUGAAAGCAGGGGAGAGAGGCUGCGUGAGAGGGUGCGAGUGCGUGAGUGGGUGAGUAGAGGGGGACAGCAGCGCGCCAAGAGGACGACGGCCUGAUGCAUGCUGGGAAAUAGACACGCUUUUACAUUUUUGAUCAGUUGAACUUCAUCCUAUAUCAGCACAGCUGCCAUACUUCAACUCAUCAGGAUUUUUGGCUGGUGGCCUGCUCAAGGGAACACUGCCUUUCCACAGGCGUGGAGGGCGCAGUCUCACUUAAAAGACUAUCAGUUCAUUCUCGCUGGUAUCAUAGCCCAGUGAACUUAAAGCAAAGACCUCUUAGUUUAACAGAAAUAAAAAAAGAAAGAAAAAAGAAAAGAAAAAAGAAAAAAAAAACAAGAAAAAAGAAAACAAGAGAAAAAGGUUAAAUUUAUUUAUAGAAAUUCCAAAGGCAACAUUUUAUUUAUUUUAUAUAUUUAUUUAUUAUAUAGAGUUUAUUUUUAAUGAAAUAUGUACAGGCCAGAUAGGCAUUUUGGAAGCUUUAGGCUCUGUAGGCAUUAAAUGGCAAAGUCUGCUACGAACCUGUGGUAACUUCAAGUAGGUAUAUGAGAAAUUCUAAUGGCCCUAAUGUACUAAAGGCGACAAUCUAUUUUGUGCCCAUAUUAUUAUUGUAAACUUCUGCACAUCGCUCAUGACACUGAGUAUUCACUCUUCAGACUGCUUGUUUCAUAGCUUACCCCAGAGGAUUAAAGAUAAACUGGGUCUCAACCCUUAUUCCGUGUCUGUAAUUUUCCUCUCCCGUGACGCAGUCUCUCGGUGUAGCGGGCGGUUGGAAGACGUGAGGGUUGGUGUGUGUCGUGUUUUAAUCUGUGGCAGAGCGUACCAAAGCUAAGCAUGACUGUGCUCUUUAACUCGGCCCACCUCCAUGACGACAUCAGACAUGGCGCUGAUUUAAAGUCCCUAAGGGAGAGGAAAAAGUUUACCUAGCUCUUCUCCUCCUCCUCUUUUCCUUCUUCUCCUCCUUCUCUUCUUUUUCUUUCUUUCUUUUUUUUUUUUUGAGGCAAAAAUCAGAUGAACAGGAUCAUUCUUGUAAACUUUUUAUUUGUGUCUUGGCUAUCAAAUAUGGAAUUAUACAAGGACCCUAGGGCUCAUUAUAACAUCUUUUAUGGAGAUUGCAUUUGGUGUGAACUGUCAUAAUUAUAUGGGGCUAGUACCCUUCAAGUAAAACUUGCAAAAUGAAACCAAUAAAUCUUUAUCAGUCAUGAUAUUAGAGGGGUACUGUACUCAUUGCCUGUGCUUUCUUUUCUGAUUUGGUCUUCAAGAGUGCUCAGAGAACAGGUUACUGUACAGAACACUGUUUACAAAAUCUUUUAUAACAUUUGAUGCUGAAAAGCUCAAGAAUACAUAUUUAUUUGAUAGUAAAAAUUCUCCUAUUGGGCAAAGGGAGAUCAUUUAUUUCUUACUAUAUACUAAGGUGAAAAGAGCCAAAUUCUUGAAGCAAUAUUUAAGAAACAUUAUCACUUUCUAUCCAGUUAAAAUUGGGAAAUUAAAAGUGACAGUUAAAAAAAAAUGUAUUUGAAUUUCUGCAGCUAACUUUAAGAUGCAAUAUUCUGGCCUUGUUUUGCUCGGAUGCACAUUCACGAUGGGAAAUGAAAGCAUGUCACUGGCAAGCUAACACUGUUGUGAGCUAGUGUGCCUGAUCUCCUGUUGUGAGCAAAUCCACACAGCCCUCUAUGGUCCACGCUGGAGCGCUUGGGGAUGUGCCCGGCUGAGGAGCAUCAGCGAAGAGCUGGAGCCUUGUGUUUGGAAUUGAAAGAUGCCUUAGAGAGAGGAACCAGACUAUGUCUGUGAUGUAGUUGGAAGGAUAAAGAUCAGAAUGUCUUCUUUUCCCCCUUCAGUUUCUAAACAGGAGCUGUGUUGAAUUUUGAGCAGUGUUCUUAUUUGUUAUUUAACACUUUGCUGCUAAGAUGUAUACAUAUUUAGACUUCUGUUUUUCCAGAAGGAUAUAUUUUGUUUCAUUUUAUUUUUCCUGAAAAACACUCAACAUUGGCCCACAGGAAAGAAUUAGGUUCAUAGAAUGUCAUAGCUAUAAUAUCUGAAGAAAUAUAGCCAAAAAAAAAUCAUUAAAUAUUAGGGGUUCCAAAAAGUCAUCCCCAGAAGAAUGAAAAAGAAUUGUGCAAGAACUAAAAGUUUUCACACAUUCCCAGCAAAUGCUACUUUAAUAUCUACUUUUGGACUUUGUUUUGGUACUUUUUUGUUUGAAACAACAACAAAAUGUCUGCUUUUGGUAACCAGUACAAUAAACUGUAAUGGUCUGUAAAUAAAUAAGUAUUGAUGUAUGCAAUUUAUGUAAAUAGGAAUUCUGGGAGAGAAGAUGGCUCAGGGUUUCUGUGUGUCACCCUGAGAAGUAGACGGAUCAUUCUCAGCCCUUGGGUUUGCAUCCGGGUCAGUUCCUACUAUAAGAGCUGCAAAGCCUGUUGGAUGGCAGCCCCAAGCCACUGUGGGCUGGGCUAUUCCAGCUCACAGGCAGAUGCUCGGAUAGCCCAGCCGCUCUCUUGUUGGUGCCAACACCAUCAUGGUCAAAGACUUAGCCAGGGUGGACUGAACCACCUUCCCAUCUGUCAUGCAAAUGUCCCCAAGCAGUGUUGAAGGACAUGCCAGGUCAGCGUUGGAGCCUGCCCUGCCAGGUCCUGUUUUAUUCAGUGGGUGGUAUUUUCACUAGU